GGUUGCAAGGUUCACCAACAUGGACGUGAGUAGGAGGAAAACCUCCAAGUUGAAAUAAACCAGAAUGUAUAUCGUGUUUCUUGAAGGGAUAAUUUAGUAAAAGAUGCUGUCAUUGGAGGAGGGGUGGAAGUGGCCGGCCCUAGCCCUGUUUCUAUUUUUAGUUACGUUUGGGUCUGUUGGAAUUUUAAGUUUGGGAUACAUUAUAUGUAUAAUGAUGGGAGGACUAGUUAUGACCCUUUACUACGGCAGACAAUUGUCACUAUCCUCCCUAACUACAGAGUUACCAGACUUGACAAGGUCAAGACCAGGCAUUCUUAAUGUUGUGAACAAAAUGGAGUCAUCUCCCAGAGGGAAGAACUUUGACCGGCGGAUGACAGGAGCUAGUGUCAUUGAUGAAGCACUCCAUGAGGUUCUUACUUAUGCUAUUAAAGAUUAUAUCAAGUCCUGGUACAGGCAGGUGUCCGAUCAUGACGGCUUCGUUCUUGACAUCAGACAGUGUGUUCAGAAACUUACCAUUACUUUUGCUUCCAGAACAAAGGAUGUAGAUUGGAUGCCAUUUUUCUCUCAGAGACUUGUGGACGAUUUUGCUUCUCAUCUGAGAUUGUACAGACGAGCUCGCGAGCAGGCAUCUGUACCACAGACUGAUGACACUUAUGAAGAGCAGGUAGUGUCAGCCUUCUUUGAUUUAGAGCUGGCUAUGGAGAAAGACAAGUGUAGAGAUCUAGUGUGUUUAGAUCCAGAAGCUGAGAAACAAUACUUACAGAACCUCAGUGAAGUGCUUUUGUUCCUUCUUCUUCCACCUGAUGACUUCCAGAAUAAAACAUUUAGAUAUAUUCUAAGGGAGGUGCUGGUUAAUGGUAUAUUUCUCCCCACCAUAGAAUUGCUGUCAGAUCCUGAUUAUAUAAACCAGCUGGUGGCAUGGUUGUGCAAGGAUGGUUCCUUUACAAACGAGACAUUUCUGAAUGUUAUUAAAACAUCUCAUCUAAUGGAUGAACUUGAGGCAGUAAAAGAAAUCACAGAACAGAACAUUGCUAAGUGGCGCUCAAAAGACACAGGAGGGGCUGAUGAUGCUGAGAUUAAGCAGAAGCUGAACAGUUUGAUAUUUGUUAAAAAUAUAUGUGAAGGAAGGAUAAGACGAAUUCAGGAAGGAGGUAUAGAGGAUAUAGAGGAACCUCCUGAUAUAUGCAGAGCUAAAAAUAUAUUUGUACUUAGCUUAGAUGAAAUAAUUGAAAAUAAUAUUGCAUUAGCUGUAUUCAUAGAAUUUAUGACAAAUGUAUGUGGACAGCAGUAUCUAUUUUUCUAUUUGAAUGUUGAGGGAUUCCGGACAGCUGCAGGACAGCAAGUAAUGGCAGCUCACCAGAGGGCCAUGAAUGGAGUGUCCACGGAGGCCGACCUAGAAUCUCUACGACGGGCAGCCAUGAUAAUAUAUGACCAAUAUUUAUCUGAUAAGGGAACAUCUAAAAUCAAAAUAGACAAUGAUAUAACCAGGAGAACUCUACAAAAAAUUAAAAAUAAAAAUAUAUCUGAGGACUUGUUUGAUGAGGCUCAGUCGAAGGUGUAUCAGAUCCUACACUCUGAGCAGUAUUAUGAAGCAUUCCUUCAGAGCCAUGUUUACCUUAAGAUGUUACAGGAAAUGGGAUUGUCCAAACCAGACAAGCCAGAUGAUGGUGACACCAGCAGUCUGGAUGAGGAUGCAUCUACAAAGUCGGUAUCGUCUGUUGGUAUGGAUGACUCAGCAGAGGAAUCUUCAUUGCCAAGGUCAAGGUCAGACUCACCUGUAACCAUGGAAACAGUAAUUACAGCUUUUAUAUCACAAACAGGAAUCAUGAAGGAAUCAGACAAGAAUUCAGCAAAGACUUACGCUGUAUUUGCCAUCCGUGCGACGAAGACCUCCGGCGAUGAGGAGGAUGUGUCGGAGACAUACAGGAGAUAUAGCGACUUCCACGAUCUUCAUAUGUUAAUCCAAGAAAAGUAUCCAGAAUUUCAAGGGCCACCUUUACCUGGUAAAACUGUUCUCAAAAACAUGAACAAAGAUUUCUUAGAAAAACGGAAAAAGUCACUGGACACUUACUUACAGACUUUGAUGAAACCUGAGAUUUGGGCCAAGUACCCGGGAAUGAAGGAGCUGGUUCUAAAGUUUGUUGCCCCAGGGCUGUGGGAAAAACACAAAAGUGAACUGGCUAGAAAGAUGGACACUCUAGUAAAUCCAAUCAAAACCUCAGUGAAAUCUGUAGGCAGAGCUGUGUCACAGGAUUCUCUCAUCUUUAAAGGCGAUUCCAUGGACAGGAGAAGUGGAAAGGUUUCUGAUGGACUAGAUGUUGAUGCAGAUAACAUACCAUUACGAGUCAUGUUGUUACUGAUGGAUGAAGUCUUUGACUUACGGGAGAAGAAUACGUGGCUGCGUCGUCGUAUAGUUGCUGUUCUUAAGCAACUCAUAAAAGUGACAUUUGGAGACUCCAUCAAUAAGAAGAUUGUAGAUUACGUGGAGUUUCUGACGUCUGCUGAGCAGAUGGCAGAGUAUGUCAGAAAGUUCAGGGAUGCCUUCUGGCCUGGGGGAAGCCUUGCUGAGCCUCGAGCACCUCGUGAUCAUCAUACCAAAAUGAGGACUCGGGUGCUGUGUAGAGCUAAAAUGUUAGGAUCUGUCUCAGAUGACUUUCGUCACUUAAUGGGAACAGAGACAAUUCGUGUGGGGACCAGUCGUAUGUUUGACAUGUUCCAACAUCAGACACUAAAUAAACGAUUUGUUUACGUUUUCCUGGAAGGUGUUAUUAUCACACUUUUUCCACAAAAUAAAUUCUCAGAGCUGUUCCAGAGACUACAUUCGCGAUCAGAGAGAGUGACGAAACAUUUAGUGAAAGAGAACAGUGACAAUUCAGAGCUAUCUGGUCCACGUAAGAGGAGGUGAUUUUCUCGUCAUCGAGGUCAGGUGAAAAUCUGUAACAGGGAUAUUAUCCAGAAUACAAUCUGUGAUAACCCACCGUUGUCAAAAAUACCCUGAUAUUAUCAUUUUUCAAACUUUUAAGAUGAAAAGAUUCUUAUUCAAAACAAUCAUGAACUGUCUCUGGGAGAAAUGAGGAAAUUGUGCAAUGAUCUGUUUAAAUUCCGUACCUCCUGUCAUUGUGUUUAUAUGGAGGUAUUUUUGUGGUUCUUAUCCCUGUAAUAAUUAAGUGUGUACUUUGUCAGGUGAAAUUUGUAAAAAUAAAAAAUAUUUAUAUACUGCACAGAAGCUUGAGACCAGUGAUCUGAUGUCAACAUUAAGUAAAAGGAGGUUUUUAACCCAUGGAAUUCCAUUUGCUUUUUAAAAAGUUGUUCUUUUAAGAAAAUGUUUGUUUUAAAGGAACAUGCAUACUAAGUGCUAAAAUCUGCCCAUCCUCUGUUAUCUGUUUUUUAUAAUUUAACUCAUCUGAACCCAGGCCAAGAAGCUUCAUCAAAGAAUUUUACCUUUUAUAAUUAUCAGUUUUGCAUGUAAUUUUUGUUUUAGAAUGAUGGCAAUGAAAUUCUUGCAGGGAAAAUGUAGCUCUGUUUAUGUGUAUUAUUCAUUUUAAUUGUGCUGGGACUUCUUUCUUUCAGUUAUUUAACUGGAAUCCCUUUCAGGACUCUAUAUAUUAUUGCUUUGUCAAUAUUUACAAGCCAUGUCAGAAAGUAGCAGUUUGAUUUCCAGUGAUGAACAGAAGUAGAUAUUGUUCCUUAACAAAUAAAUCAAUCAAAUACAGGGCCACAAAAUCAAGGAAUCCUGGUAUAAAGUAGUGAGGUUCAGUUAGUAGAAGAGAGUAAGACCUGAGGGCAGAUUUACCACCUAAGUGUGCAUGUUCCUUAACGAUUUGUUACAAUGUAUAUUAUUUUUGUCUGUGAUAUUUUAAUUUAUGUUGCCUAGAUACUGUAAAUUGAUUUUAACAUUGAAUGAUGUUUAUCAGUAUUUACUAGUUUAAUAUCAUUCCAUUUUGUAUUUUAAGCAAGUGUUUAUUUUAAACACCAAUAAGAUGCAAAAAAACAAAACAGUGUCAACAAAAUGCACAAUUUCAUAUUGAUACUCCAUUAAGACAUUCUAAAGAUCUUAAAAGAAAAAAUUCAGAAUAUUAUCUUGCAAAAUUACAUCAAGAAAUUUCUGUAAUGUCAAGUAAGGUGGCUUAGAAGAUAUCAUUUCAGAUGCUGAUGUGAUAUAAUGAACAUUUCCCUUUGGUUGUGAAACAACGUCAUUUGAAGGUAUAAUUUAUUAUGUUUUUGAAAUAGCAUUAAAUUUCAUGGCUUUGUAUCCUUAUUUCAUAUAAAGGUAGUUCUUUUUUACAUUGUCUAGAAAAUCAUUGUACCUUAAUUCUAAUUAAAUUCAACAUCAGUACAUGCUGAACACAAUAUUUUUACUGUACUAGGAUUAUAUUUACUAACUUGAAGGUAAUUUGGAAGGAUGAUAUUAGGAUAUUGGAAAGCCUCAUACUGUUUAGAUCAUUAAAUGUGGCUUCUGCACCAGAAGUGUUUGGAUGGCUUUUGAAGUCAAAUUUGUGAAUCAAUCUUGAGAGUUGUUGAUAAUCCAAGUCUUUGAAUUUUAAAGUCACUUGUAUAAUGCAAAAAAAAGUUCAUGAAGCUUUAGGAUCUUUUCCAGGAUGUGCAUAAUUGUUAAGAGAUAGGACAAGAGUUACACUUGUCUUUAGUCCAAUAUGUAUGUCAUUACAUGUAUGUUAAAUUAUUAAAAUGAACAAAACUG